AUGGAGGGGGGGAGGGGAAAAGAUAGCAUGUGUGGUGGUGGGGAGAGAAGGAUGGGAUUCGCCAGUCCGUCCACACCCACUGCAUCUACACGCCCCCUACUGCACCCAUUGUCUCCCCUUUCCCCUCCACCGCAGCCUCCCUAUUCUCUCCCCUUCUCCCCCCUCUCCCUCCCAUCCUUGCCCCACACCCUCCAAUCAUCUCCACAAGCCUUUCCAUUACGCAGGGAGUCUUGUUUUUCCCACACCGUCACCUUCUUGACACCCCGCCUCACCCUCUUCUCGUCCCGCCCUCCUGGUCCAACUCCCAGUGGCGGUGCUGGGGCAGCAGCAGGAGCCGCGGGGGUGCCGCUAGGCGACACAGGGGAAACAGCAAGCGGCAUGGCGCCGCGCGCGCGCAUUGCCGCCUACAAGGUGUUUUGGCGCAGUAGGGGACAGGUGUGGGCGACGGAGGCGGACAUAGCAGCGGCGGUGAAUGCGGCUGUGGCGGACGGCGUGGACGUGCUGAGCCUGUCGCUGGGCAGCCUUGCGGCCUCCAGGACAUACUUCCACGAUGCUGUGUUCCUCAAUGCUCUUGCGGCGGGUGUGGUGACAGUGUUUGCAGCGGGCAACAGCGGGGCCCCUCGAGGCAAGGCCUCGUCGUACCGCAAGCUCUGCAACUUCGCCCCGUGGUACCUCACCGUUGGAGCUAGCUCCAUCAGCCGGGUGUCAGCCAUAGAUGGCAGUGCCACAGCAUUCUCUGCAUCCGAUGCUACCGCUACCGCCACCGCCACCGCCAUGCACUACCCCACUGCUGAUGCUGCCACUGCUCACCCGCCCACACUUGCCACUCAAGCGUUUGCUGCUGCUGGUGCUGCUGUUGUGCACGCGGUUAUUGCAGCGCAUUCAAAUGCCACCUCGAGCGUCAACAGCGGCGGUGUGCCGUCCCGCACGCGCGUCACCCCGUUCGAACUCCCCGGAUCGCCAGCAGAGGCGCCAGUCAUCUCCCCCACCUCCUCCUGCGGCCCGCUCGUGCCCCCCACCGCCGCGCCCACAGCACCCAAGCCCACCAACGACAUCCUCAAGCCCGACAUCAUCGCGCCGGGCGUGCAGCUCUGGGCCGCAUUCCCCCCUCCGGAUCACUCCAUGGCCCCCUCCUCGGGCUACUUUGCGCUGCUCUCCGGGACCUCCAUGGCCACGCCGCAUGUGGCGGGCGUUGCAGCGCUCAUCGUGCAACAGCGGCCUGACUGGUCCCCGGCGCAGGUUAUGUCCGCUAUUAUGACCACCGCGGCGGUUACCAGUAACCGCGGCCUGGCGAUAAGGAACGACUACGGGGGCGAUGCGAGCCCGUGGGAGAUGGGAGCAGGGCAUGUGCGUCCUGAGAAGAUUAUGGACCCUGGCCUGACGUUUAACGCGAAUGCGGCGAAAAUGCGUGUGAAGACGGUGCAGGUGCUGUGGCACGGGCGCGAGCCCGUGCUCUCCGCGGACUUCCACCCGUCGGGCGUGCUCGCAACUGGCGGCGCGGAUAAGGAGAUUAAGUUGUGGAGAGUGGCAUGGGAUGCAGCAGGGGAGCCGACAGUGGAGUUCGUGGCUGCACUAGCGCACCACAACUACGCUGUCAACGCCCUGCGCUUCUCGCCCUCUGGGGACGUCCUCGCCUCAGGAGCAGAUGGAGGGGAGAUAGUGCUAUGGAGGCAGGUACAGACGCCCAAUGGGGCCAUCUGGAAGGUCUUUCGAGCUCUCAGUCGGCAUGAGAGGGACGUGCUGGACCUCUCGUGGUCGCCCGAUGGGCUGUCACUGGCAUCAGGCUCAGUGGACAACUCGGCCAUUGUCUGGAACCUCGCCCGAGGGGUGCCAGAGGCGUUUCUCAAGGACCAUGUGCACUACGUGCAGGGCGUCGCCUGGGACCCUCUCUCCCGCUUCCUCGUCACCUGCAGCGGCGACCGCACCUGCCGCGUCUACUCCCUCCCCUCGCCCCCUCCCACCGCUGCUGCGGCUGCUGCUGCUGCUGCUGGUGGUGGUGGUGCUGGUGCUGGUGGGGUUGUUGGGGGUGCAGCCGCGGCUGGAGGGGGGGCGAAGGGAGGAGGAGGGGGCGGGAAGCAGCAGAAGGCAGCAGGUGUGGUGCGGUGUGUGCAUGUGAUUCAGAAACGAGAUGUUCCCGCUGCUGCUGCUGCUGCUGUUGCAGGGGGGGAGGAAAGGGGUGCGGGGGAGGCAGGGGGGGGAGGAAGAGGAGGGGGAGGGGAAGGGGAAGGAGAGGGUGGGAAAGAGAGAGGAGCGGAAGCAGUGGGUGCAGCAGUGGAGGGGGAGAGGAAAGCGGGAGGAGGGGAGGGUGGCGCAGCAAUGGAGGUGGAGAAUGGGGCCAAGGCAGAAGGGCCGAGUAAGGUGGGCGAGGGCGUGUAUUUUUGGGCAGUGCGGGUACACCUGUUUCACGAUGAGAACAUGCCCUCCUUCUUCCGCCGCCUUGCCUGGUCCCCCGAUGGCGCCAUGCUCGUCAUCCCUGCCGGAGUAUGGAAGGCCUCUCCAUCGGCCCAGCCCACAAACACCUGCUACGUCUUUUCUCGAUCAGACCUCACUAAGCCCAUCAUGCACCUGCCGUCACUCAACAAGCCGCUAGUGGCUGUGCGUUUCUGCCCCCUCUUCUUCCACCCCUCCUCGCCCACCCACUCGCCUGCACUCGCCCCGCCUGCACAUGUCCCUGACGCCGCAACCCCCACUGCUGCUGGUGCUGCUGCUGCUGGUAUUGGUGGGGAUAAGGAGGAUGCGCAACAAGACCGGCACCAGCAACAACAGAACGCACCACCAUCCCCUGCCGCCUCCUCCUCCGCACCGCUCUCCCCCAUACCCGUGUCACUGCCAUACCGCAUGGUGUAUGCUGUGGCAUCCACCAACUCAGUGUGCCUCUACGACACGGCCACGCCCCGCCCCCUCGCGCUGCUUGGCGGCCUGCACUAUGCUGCCAUCACGGACCUUGCAUGGGCACCGGACGGGAGGUGUUUGGUGGUGGCGUCACAGGACGGGUACUGCACCCUCGUCACCUUCACCACUACCGACCUCGGCACGCCCAUGCUGCCCUCAGACCUACCACCCCAUGUGCGGGACUCCCUGCAUCCUCUACAUCCCCUCAAGCACCUGCCUGCACCGCCUCUCCCCUCACCUGCUGCCUCUGACGGGCUCCAAGAUGCUGCUGUAGGCAAGGGCGAUGCUGCUGUUGGCAAGGGCGAUGCUGCUGUUGCGGGUGAGAAUGCAGCUGCUGCAGCGGAGAACAGUGCAGCUGCUCCAGGGGUGGGUGAUGCUGGUGUGGCAAGAGAGGGUGGUGCGUGUGCAUGCGCACCAGACUUGGCAGGCUCUGAGGCUAACGCACGCAGCUCAGAAGUUAAUAAUAAGCAGAGCGCUCACACUGAGCCUGCUGACAUGGAAGCUGGCAGGCAGGCAGGAAAGAACGGAGGUGUGGCACUGGUGGGGACAGCUGGUGCAGCACAAGUAGGGGCGGGGGAGCUACUACAGCAGCAGCAGCAGCAACAGCAGCAACAGCAGCAAGUGGAAGAGAGCAAGGAGGAGGCAGCAGAGAGAGGUGGGUCACAGCAGCAGGGUGUGAAGAGGCCACGAGAGGAAGACACUGGAGAGGAAACAAGGAAGGCUGUGAAAGCGCAGGUGGAUGACGGUUGA